AUGGCGGCGGAGGUAAUCGAGUGGGAGUGGUCGGGGCGGGUGUCGUCGGCGGUGCUGGGCGCGACGCCGGACGAGGCGUGGGAGCUGCUGUCCGACUUCCUCGCGUUCCACCGGUGGAACCCGCGCGUCGCCAAGUGCCGGCGCGUCUCCGGCGCGCCGCGCUCACCGGGGUGCGUGCGGUACUGCGAGGGCGAGCCCCGCGGCGACGGGCGCGACGCCGACUGGGCGCACGAGACGCUCCACGAGCACGACGCCGCCGGACGCCGCUUCCGCUACGAGAUGAACGACAACAACAUGGGCUUCGGCAGGUUCUUCGCCACCUUCAGCGUCGUCGAGGUCGAGCCAAGCUCCCCCGGCGCCAGGUGCGAGCUGCGGUGGGAGUUCGAGUGCGACCCCGUCAGAGGGACGGCCAAGGAGGCGCUCGCCGCGCGGCUGCAGGCCGGGCUCGACGGCAUGGCUCGCCGGGUCGAGGAGGCCGUGUCCCUCAGGACGGCCACCUCCGGCGCCGUGCCGCUCGAGGCACCUGCCGAACUUAAGCUGGGCACGUCCAUUGCUGUUUGACGACUGCGGUGGCCACGCGGGGUUCAGUUAAUGAUUAUGUGCUGCUUCAAAUAAGUCUAUCGGAUUUCAGUUCCUAGGAGAUUGGACAUCUCUCGUUCUGCUUCUUUUAUGCGCAUGUAUGACAGUACGAAC